GUCCAGUCCGUCUGACCUCGGCCGCACUUCUCUUCUCAUGCUGCAUCUACACUAAGAAUUCUAACACGACAGCACCUUCUCCCCUUGCCACCCAAAGCGAUCUAUUUGGCCAGGGAGACCACGAUGACAACAUCUCCAGGAAACAUGUACGCCUGUGCGAACGCGGCUCCCGGCUCUCCUGCCUGCACCAAGAAGGGCGUUUUCGCUUGCGGGAAAUGCCUCCUGGUUUCAUAUUGCGGAAAGGAGUGCCAAACGGCGCACUGGCCGGUUCAUAAGACAGUUCACAAAUCUCCGGCUAGCAAGUCAAACUGGCGUCCAGCUUGGGACAUCGAAGGGCGUGAGCCUGCGUGGGCCGUGGGUGAAGCCCGGAACAACGCGCACAAUCCAUAUGGGGGAAACCUGUAUUUGUGGGGCAAUGUUCCGGCCAUCGACGUCCUGCGGCUGUCAGAUAACGAAGGAGCCGGGUACAGCGAUGAUAUUGAGCUGUUGUUUGCUGCUUCAGGAGAUUUGCGCAACGUCGUCAAGACCAUCGUCGACCUCUCGGCAACCGUUACCCAGCCUGUCCACGCCACGAUCAAUGACCGAGAGAUCGCAGUUGUCGCCCGAAACGCCAUCUGGCUGCUCUUUGCUCUCAGCACUCCAAGCGAGCCUACCGCAGACGACAACGGCCAGCUUGACGCCGCAGAGAUGCUGAUACAUCUCUGGUACUCUGCGUUCAUGCCUAAAGAGGUGCUGUCGGCGGUGCAGAAAGCUGUCAAGCCAUUGGUUGCGGAGGUCUGCGCCAAAAUCAAAGAUAAAGACUCUGCCACUCGUCUGGGUAAAACGUGGCAGUUCCCCUCUGGCAGAAGCCUGCGUCUCGUGUUGAAGAGAGACCAAUGGCUUGCCGUCGAGAAGAUGCUUGACGUGCCACAGGGCUUCACGUUCGACAAGGCUAACACGGUCCGCCAUGGCGUUACCCUCGCGCCCGAAAGGGCUGAUUAUCGGGAUCGAUGGGACUUCAAGGAAGCCACGGCUUCCAUCCGCAUGGCGAAGCGUCAGUUCCGCGAAGACGGCUUGCUCCUGCCGUUUGGACACCCCCGUGACCUUUUCAAGACGCCCAACAUGACCUUAUUUCAGGGCUCCGAGACCUGGCUGAUGGACGACAAGGCCGACCCCUUGAGUGGCUGGCCCGUCUUGGAGGUCGACCACCGUCCGUGUCCGGCAAAGCAGGACUGCUACGGCAAGCUACACGCCUAUCUUCGUGAGGUUUUCGGAAAGUUCGUCAAGUCCCUGACGACGGUUCAUGUGAGCUUCGAGAUGCACUGUCUUGAUGCGGGGGACUUGAAGGGACACCUCGACUGCGACCGAUACACCAGGAUCGAGGUCUCCAACAUCACAGACAAAUGCCACCUCGGCCUCCGCAGCACACUCACGAGCCUGAUGCCUCUGCUUCAACCGCCGCAGCGCGACCCUCAUGCAACUCUCAUCAGCCUGCUUCUCAACGCCGUCAUGGAGAUGGUUAAGACACUUGGCGCAGAGAAAACUAGCAUGUCACAGAUCAGUGACAAGGUUCUAAAAUACCUACCGGUCACGGAUUUUGCCAGCCUCAUGAAUCCGUCCGGGGCAGAAAUGGUACGGAUCUGGGAUGCUCGCACCUUCUUUCUGGACGUUGAUAAUUUCAUUGAAUUGUACCGCGCCAUGGCAAACUUCGAGGCUAUCGCGACCCAGUCGGGAGCCGCGGAGAAGGAACACAACUCAAUCGUGGAGAAGUGCCCGCUGAGGUUGAAGCGCCAACUCGGUCAGGACGGAGCGCAAGAAGAGUUUAGUGCCAUGCUGGGCUCAAGCUGCACCGGGUUGGAGCGGUACAUGGAAUGGACCCGAGUUGUCCCGGGGACGAUGGCUGGGAACAAGCAAAAGAGAGGGGAUGGCCAUUCACUCACCGGGGCGUGAUACCUUGAUAGGAAUCGGAUGACGCAUCCCGCUGACAGCUUAGGCAUACAUAGGCACCUAGUGUAUGCUAGCGGCUAAGACAAGAGUUCAGUGCCGGUACCCCCUUGAGAUUAAGAACAGCAUUGAGUUGUCAGUCCGUCUAAGGGAAGGGCCACUCAUUGCUAGUAUUGAGGGGUUUGAGUACAUGAAACCCAGGAUAUCAGCUGGAUAACAGUCAAAUACUGAGGCCCCUCCUCGGUCGAGACAAGCUUCAGGGGCCUAGGGGCCAGUUCUUAACAGAGAGAAGCAUUGGCU